UUUCCUUUUACUUACUGGAUCAUAUCAUGGAUUCGGAUGACUCGUGCGUGAUGCAAGUUGCUAUUGGAAAGAAACGAAUCCCGAAAGCAUGUAGUGCUUGUCGGCAUUCGAAGGUGAGGUGUGAUGGGAAACGACCCUGCUCAAGAUGCAAACGUUCACGCAAACAAUGCGUCUUCUAUGAGGUCCCCAAAGAUCCUGCAACCGAGAGAUUGCAGAAUGUCGAGUCCGAAGUUCAGCGUCUCAGGUCACAGAUAGAGGGCAUGAACGAGCUUCUUCAUCUUCAUUCGCAGCGACUCCAGCAUGAGGGACUUGGCGAAGUACACACUGAUGACGAAAUUUUGGAUCGGUCAUACCCCGUCGAAACAUCUUUCCCUGGCCCGGGUCCUGCGAUUCCGAAUCCAGGGCACAUGCCCAUGCUCCUCGCUACGACAACCUCUUCUGCUGGGUAUCCGCAGGCGACAUCUGCCUCGCUACAUAUCCCAUCACCUAUAGACACGGAGGCGCAGCCUCCGUGCAGACAGAGGCGCUCUGGAUUUGAUGUCAGGGAAGAUCCAAUCUCAGACUUCAUAUGCAAGGGCUUGAUGACUGCUGAUCAAGCGAUAUCUUGUUUUCGAACGUUCUUCGAAGGCUGCGAUAGAUACAUCCCCAUUUUUGACCCAGAUGUCGAUACAUUCACCUCAGUACGCUCGCGCAGUAGCAUGUUAUUCAAUGCUAUCUGCACGAUUGGUAGCCGUGUUGAAGCAAGUGCACUUGUGGGCUUCGAUCCUCAACUUCCUGACUUUCUGCAUGCGGAACUCAAGAAAUGGAUUGGCGUCGUUAUCCAAAAUAGAAAGUUGACCUGCCUGGAAUCAGUACAGGCGCUCCUGAUCGUGGCUUGUUAUACGGCCGAACGCUCCUUGAUAUUAUCCUUCGCCACCAGAAUGGCGUUGGACCUGGGCCUGAACGAGGCGUUUGAGAAGCUGAUUCAGAGGCUAACACUCAAAAGAACCGACAGCACCGCGGAGAUGCCUGACGAUGCCAUGGACGCACAGGAGCGCUAUUUGAUGCGCAAGUCCAGGACCUGGUUCGGACUCUUGGUUUUGGAUCAUAUAUUCCAUGUCGAUGGCGGGAAGCCACCUGGUAUACGCAUGAAGGGCAAUGCUCGUCGCUGCCGAAUCUUGCUGCAUCACCCAGCGUCGACUGUACUGGACAUGCGUCUCUUUUCUCAGGUUGAGUUGAAUGUCAUUCGAGCCAAUAUCAACGACACACUGGACGUCCGUGACAGUCUAGCUCGAGAGGCCAUAGCUGAGUACGUCCACGAGGCCAAGGUCGACCUUGAUCUAUGGUUUGACGACUGGCAGCGCAUAAUCGUCAACUCUCUACCAGCCCAAGAGGAACGCCCUUUCCUGUUAGCCGCCCUCAGCGUCCAGCACUGCUGGGCCGAGCUCAUCCUCCACUGCAAAGCGCUCCGCUCAAUGGGCGUCGAGAACGUAGCAGCAAUCACCCCUGUCGAACGCAAUAUCCUUCACCUCGCCAAAUCCGCCGCCCGUCAACAUCUCCGUCUGAUCAGCCUCGAACCAGCCUUCUACCUCGCAAAGCUCAAAUAUGCGAUGGACUUUGUCUGGGCCAAGUGCGCCUUUUGCUUCCUGUUGCUUCUGAAGCUCUCCCGACUGCUUCCCGAGCAGCGGGACGAGCACCAGGAGCUGUUGGAGCUUGGGACCAAGCUGCUUGCGGAAAUGGCCUCUGGUGCUUCAGCCACCAGACCAGAACCAAGAUCAGGAAACAUCUACAUGCACAUCCUCCACCUGAGCAUUGAGAAAUACAGCCGCAUCUUCCAGGAACGGAGACCGGGGAAGAGUAUACCUACGAAUCACCACCCCCACUUCUGGGACCUGUUUGACGCCCAGGUCGAUCUGCAGUCUUUCGUGCCGGAGCAGUUUGUGCGCGACUGGGACUUUCCCGGCUUGAAUCUGUUUUACUUUCCGACGGCGUGGCAGGAUUUCUUUGGGGAUUUUUCGCUGGGGUUUGGGAGCUGA